AUGAGAUUAGUUGAAGAAGAAACAGUAUCGAUUAAAGCCGAAAUUGAAAAAAUUCAGAAAGAAAAUAGACAACAAAAAGGUUUACUUGAAAUUAAUAAAAAGCAAUUAGCGACUGUCGAGGCUGAAAGAGAAAAAUCAUUAGAGACCUUAAAAAAUUUUGAAAAAAGUAGUAAUAAUUCACCUGAUAUCGAUAAUGUUUUUGUUUCUACACCAUCAACAAUAACGCCAACUCCAUCAAAUAAUAAUUCCUCCGAUAUUUUUCAAUCAAUAUUUAAUGAACCGGAAAAAGAAUCUGCAGAUUUUUCUAAUGAACAAAAUGAAAAUAUAUUUCAACAACCUCCCAUUGAAAAUGGCGCAACUUCAACUGUUGAUCCAUUUAAUUCUAAUAAUUUUAAAAAGCCAACAUCAGACAAAUCUGCUUUUGAUUCUGCAUUUGCGACACUUGAAGCUACAAAUAAGACUGACGAUGAUCCAUUCUUAACUGACACUUUUAAUUCCGAGAAAUUUCCAUCGUUAGAGGAACUUGAAGGCUUAACAUUUGCAUUCGAAAAUGAUUUUAAAUUCGAAAAUGAUUUUAAUUCAGAUAAAAAAGAAAAUAAUUUGUUUACUGAUCCAAAAGACGAAACGUCCCAAAUCAAUAUCUUUCAAAAAUAA